CCUGCUGCUCUAGAUACCAUCCAUCCGCCGAAAACGUCCCGCCCAUUCGGAGCUGUCAAAUCGGCAGGACAUACGCGCCAGUCCCAAGGGUUUUUUCCCACGCGUCCGGCAGGUUAGCUCCUCACACUCCCGGCUACAGGCUCUAUCGACUCGAAAGGAGGAGCACGCUCAGACACCCUCGCAGCCAUGGAAACGAAAUCCGUGGAGAGUAUCCCGGCCGGCCGGACGAUCGGCAGCUCCAUGACGCGAGCGAUGGCAGUCCCGGAAAUCGUCGCCUUGAUCUUGAGGCAAACACCAAUCGCGACCAUCCGCCUUCGAUGCCGCCGUGUAUGUAAAGCAUGGAGAAAAAUUUCAGACGAAACAGUACCGCACUUGAUCAAGCAAACAUUGGAAGCGCGCCACACAACGUUCGAUUAUCUGGACAAGGAGCCUUUGAUGAAAGUUGUGAACAUCGAAUCGGAGAACACAAAAGAAGACGUAAAAGGAUGUCAGGACAGCUCCGAGUUCAGCAGGAUUGCAGCUUUGACACCUGUGAACAUUGAGGGCGAUCUGACCUUCAGAUGCCCCCGGAAUGUACCAGUCAUAUGGCACUUGUCGAAUGUCUUCACCGAUGUUCAUUUCACUGAUGGAAGGAACCAGCCGGUCGAACUACACUUCGAUCUCCGACACAAGCAUGGGACCCACACCGCCGUCUCGAGGACCCAACCACCGACGCAGGGCCGUCGGCCCCAGACCGAAGCAACCACACCGUUCGCCAUCCUGGCCUACGAGAUUACAAACGAUCCCAUGCAGGAGCCUCAAUAUUACGGAUGGGGCCUCGACGAAUACCUCAACGUGCGAUUCAUAUCCCUGCAUAUUCCGUUGAACAUUGUCCUUUGCUGGAAUGGAACGCGGCGUAUCGACGUGGGUCGGAGCCCAGGACUAGUGGGUCCGUCGGCAGUGAAAGUUGCAUCUGGAUUCGCAAACAAGCAUCAGAACCAACCAGGACCGUCGGGACAAGCAAGGCCGGCGGUUUCACGACAACAGCAGCUACAGCCUUCAAAAAUGGCUUCGCACGGUCCUUAUAAAUACACCCAAGGCUUUGCGACACCUCCGCAACCCACCUCAAUCUUGAAACGCACCAGCUUGGCAUCGGACACUGGUCCAUCCGGCCAAACCAGAAAUGAACAUUCGUCGCCAAACGCACAAUCCUCAUACAACACUCAUCAAGUCACACCCCCUUCGCCUCCAGCCUCCCCAAAGCCAGCAUGUCGCCCCAAUACAGUCUCACAAACAACCCUUACCCGUGCCUAUUCAGCUCCAACCAUCAGCCUCAAGUCUCCCUACAUCACAAACGGCCAACGCGACGCCCUUCUCCGCCAAGAAAGAUGGGAAUCAGCAGCACGCGCUGACCCCUGCUGGGCACGUCUCUACAUGGGCCCCGCCGACGGCGACAUCGAAGCUAUGAUCGCUUACGCGCGGCGGGACAGGCGGCCCGUCGUCACCCCCUUGGGCUCGACCUGCGGCGGCAUCGCAUACCCAGACUGCACGUUCCACUUGUGCAGUACGUGCUGUCGCGCGUGCAGGGUGCGGUCGUUGAAGUGUGUGGCGCAUGGGUGGUGGCCCGGACGCGCCGACGGAGGCCCGUUUGGAAACAAGUGCUCUACCUCGUGCCUCGUGCUGGCGGAUGGGAGGGGGUCGAGGAUGGGAAUGGCGGGGCAGUGAGAAGUGAACAGGGUGUCGAUGAGAGCGAGAGGGCGUCAUGUGGAAUUUAAUUACCGAGGCGGUAUGGUGGAUCGGUCAACCUCUUGGGAUGGCCAGGUGUAUAUGAGGAACCCUCCACCGAUAGUCCUUCCAAAAUCUUUGUUCUUCCACUCGACCCAAUUUAUUCCCCUUGGGUCAACGUUAUAUGCUUCUCUAUCGCUAGCAAGAGUGGAAAUGUUUCUACUGUACGUAUCUGUGCUCGUUCAUAUGUGCCUUUAUCAUACAAAAAAGAUUGAAAUUCGUUGAUGCAAUGUCAUUUUCCUAGUUUCUCACGACUGGGUCAUAUCGAGAGUA